UCUGCGAAGCCUGGCUGCAACUUCCUCCCCCUACGCGCUACCUUUCCCCGCGUUACGUAACCACCAUGCCGUCCGGCCCAAACCUAUAUAUACACACACAUCUACCUCUACAUACAUAAAAAUAUUUUCAAGUUUUCGUUGAAAUUGGAUUGACCCAUAAAAGAAUACAAAACCCCUUUUGAUAUUUAUACAAAUUUCAGCUCUUCCAUCUUUAUUGAUUGAUUUGUUAAUGGCGACCUCGGUUUCUGGAAUUCAUGGCCAUCUUCUUGAAGUUACAGUGAUUGGUUGUUCAAAGUUAAAAGAUACAGAAUGGAUUUCGAGGCAAGACCCUUAUGUUUGCCUUGAAUAUGCUAGCUCUAAAUUUCGUACCCGGACUCAUACAGAUGGAGGCAAAAACCCGACUUUCCAAGAGAAAUUCGUGUUUACUCUAAUUGAAGGGUUGAGAGAAUUAAAUGUUGUUGUUUGGAACAGUAAUACGAUCACAUAUGAUGAUUUUAUUGGUAGUGGAAAGGUUCAGUUGCAGAAGGUUCUGUCUCAAGGAUAUGACGAUAGCUCUUGGGCAAUUCAUACGAAAGCUAGCAGGUAUGCAGGGGAAGUUCGACUAAUAAUGCAUUACGCAAAUGCAAAUUCACAAAAGCCACCAAGUUAUUUUGCACCAUCAGUUCCACCUUAUGCUGCAUCACCUGUGCCGGCGCCAUCAGCAUACUCUUACCCCCCACAAGCGGCCAACUCCCCUUACCCUCCACCAUCCAGCUACCCUUACCCUCCACCAUCCUCAGCAUCCCCGUACCCUCCACCAUCGUCAGCAUCCCUGUACCCUCCACCAUCAUCAGCAUCGCUGUACCCUCCACCAUCUUCAGCAGCUCCUUACCCACCGCCCUACUCUAAUCAAUCUUAUUAUUCAAAUCAACAUGAUUCUGCUUCUUAUCCAGGCAGUACAUAUCCACCCCUUCAUUUAAGUGCAUAUCCUCCUCAACCAUAUCCGCCUUCUGUAUAUCCUUCAGUGCAAUAUCCGCCACCUGCACAGUCCUCGCACCACUAUCCACCAGGUCCUUCGUACCCAGGAAUCUAUCCUCCGCCAUACUAAGAUUAUAAACUCCUUCAGAAGACGUAGGAAAGCAAUAUCAGUUAUAAAGUUAAUCUCUUAUGGUCCAGUACAAUAGAAAAUAGGAAGCAACAUUAGCCAAAAGUUAGCGUACAUGAAAUUGCUGCAAGAUUAGGUUUAUGAUAUCUAAAAUGUAAGAGCACACCCCACCUCUGUAGAUAUUUUUCACAUGUUGGGUUCUUGCUUGAGUUUGUUUAUAUCUACUUUUUUUAAUUAUAUUUAUUUUUUGAUUAGUAUUCAUAUUUUACAAGGUUCUGACUA